AUGAAUAUCCAUCUGAACUAUCUUCCAACGACCGUCAAUGAAUGGGACGUCACCAGAUCACUGGCCAAAGUCCUUCAUUCCGACGAGUUCCACCCUGUUCACGAGAAUGAACGUCAGCUCAACUUCAAAGUUAAGCUGAAUCCGAGCAAAAUGGGUGGGGUUCGUAAUGACGGCACCGGCUUCUUACAGCUUCCCACAGAGGCGAUUGGCCGCAAGUUCCUGCGUUGGGCAAAGGAAACUCCCAUACGGAUUGAAGGCAAGAAGAUCAAGGUGUACGGGAAAGGCCACAUUCGCGAUUAUGAGGCUUUGACACUGCAAAGGACGCCCUUUGUAAAUCCCGAUAUUGAAGAGGAGUGGAAGGAUAAAUGCCGGCAACUGGAUCUGAGGAUUCGCGUCGACGCCGUCCAGUUUGGCGCAUACUAUCGUCCUUCGUAUCCUACCUCUCCCAAGCAGAAACUUGCAUCACGUGUGUACUCAAUUGAGUGGGAGCGUGACUACGCAGUGAAUAGUGCUGCUUGGUUGAAGUUCGAAUAUGAGCACAAGCUGAUUCGUAUCACUCUUGGAAAUGAGACCACCGAGAACGAAGGCCAGACAAUUGCUAUCCGUUUCUCUUCCAUCACCAAGAUAGCUAUCGGUUAUGAUGGCAAACCUUAUAUAUGCUUUGAUACCUUAACACCUCCCAUUUUUGAAGCCAUCGAGUUACACAGGACAUUGACAGGUGACAACAGACUCGAUAGUAGCAAGUACAAGCACCGCAUCGGCUCUCUCCAUCCAGGACAUGCAAGCGUCGCACAGUAUGCCCAACAUCUACGAUUGCUUCUGUAUAACGAUCCGAAUUGCGAUGUCAUCGAGAAGUUCAAGAACCUCUGCGUAGUAGCCGGAAUAGCGACCAGUCUCAUCAUCUCUUUUACAGCGCCUUGGAACAUGGAGGCUUCCAAGCAGGGAUUCUUCGAGCAAAAACGACUUUGGAAAUUGCGAAAAGAUAUUUCAGACUUCAGUUGGCCGAUCGCGUUCCAACUGGAGUUACUACUUCACAAUUGCCUCCUCCUCACACCCGAUAUUGAAGACCUCAUACCCCUUGUGAAAAGAGCUUGUUCCCAGCAUCCUAGUCAGAACGAUGAUUACGUUGGCAGUCUCUUGCGGAGCUAUGGAGAAGCUCUAGAUAAUCGUGAUGCACGCGAAUCUCCUCAGGACUGUUUCCGUCGUGUCAGCCGGGAAUUUAUGUACCUCAAACAAACCCUUUCCUCAGGACAUUUUAUGUGCUGCCAUGUCACCUUUGCACCCACCCGCAUGAUUCUGGAAGGCCCUUAUGCUACCCAGUCCAAUCGUAUUAUCAGAAAGUACGCUGGAUAUGACGAUCACUUCAUCCGUGUAGACUUUCGCGAUGAAGACAGACUGUCGUAUCGGUGGGAUCGUGCGGUUGAUGGAGCAUCUUUUGUUCGUGAGCGAGUAGGUCGCGCCUUGAAGGAAGGGUUCCAGCUAGCUGGACGAAGAUUUGAGUUCCUGGCCUAUUCUACCUCAGCAUUACGCGAGCAUGCAGUAUGGUUCAUCAACCCCUUCCGAUAUCAGGACCCGGACACUAAAGAUAUCAUUUUCAUUACUGCAGAGUAUAUUCGUCACUCUAUCGGGGAUUUCAAGGGCAGCAAACUUAUGACACAGCCUUCUAAGUGGGCUGCGAGGAUUGGCCAGGCUUUCACUGCGACUGAUCCUUCUGUCAAAAUCAGGCGUGAUAAAUGGGAGGAGAUUCCUGAUAUGGGCACGGAAGAGAAUCUAGCCCUAGGUCAAUAUUUGCAUACUGAUGGUGCGGGCACGAUAUCUAAGUCUCUCGGAGAUGAGAUCUGGGCAUGCCUUUGCAAGGGUCGUCGAGAUCACGGUGAAAAGGUUGUUCAGCCUUCUGUCUAUCAGAUACGUUUCAUGGGAUUCAAAGGCGUCGUUGCAGUCGAUCCUGAACUCGACAAGGAACCCAACGGUAUCAGGAUGAGGCUGAGGCCUAGUAUGAAGAAAUUCGAAGACUCGAGAUCGAUGGAAGCAGAUAUAGAGAUUGCUCGAGCUUUCGAUAAACCUGGUACUUCUUAUCUCAACAGGCCGUUGGUUAUGAUAUUGGAAGACAAACAAGUUAGAAGAGCAAAUCUUCAGGAAUUGCAGGAUAACGUGGUCGCUGAUACUUUGACCAUCGAUGACUCAAUGGGCCGCUUCAACACCAUUCUCAAGAGUCAUUCUUUAGGCUCCGGCUAUCGAUUACCAUAUAUACUCGAUAAGAUCUCCGACCUAGGUUUCGAUUUUCAUCCUCAGAGAUGUACUCCUGGCAUCGAUACGCCCUUCCUGAAGCAACUACGUCAAGUAGCCAAAAUCGACCUAUUACGAGAAAUCAAGCAUCAAGCCAGAAUCCCAAUUCCUGAAAGCUAUCUGCUAGUCGGUGUGCCAGAUGAAGGGCCCGCAUACGAAAAAAACGGCUAUACGAAUGUUUUCACCUUGAAACAAACGGAAAUAUAUGCUUGUGUUCAGAAACGUCCUGAAGACAAACCGGAGUGGAUUGUGGGUCCCUGCAUAAUAUCUCGCAGCCCGGUGGUUCAUCCAGGUGACAUACAACAAGUUGUAGGCGUCAAGCCCCCUGAUAAUAUGUUCUGCGCGUUUGCUCAUAUCCGCAAUGCGGUUGUCCUUCCUUCCGUCGGCGAGAGAUCCUUGGCCUCAAAACUUAGUGGUGGUGACUUGGAUGGUGAUAUCUAUGACGUUGUCCCCUACCCGGUUCUCAUGCCUCCAGUUGUCGAUGAUACGGCGUCAUAUGCUAGCGCAGGGACUUACGUCGCUCUGGGUGAAGAUGGUGAACCGAGAGAAUGUGAUGUCAACGACAUUGCCGAUUUCAUCGUUGAAUACAUCAAUUCGGAUGUUCUGGGUCUAUUGUCAGAUAGACUUCUCGUUAUAGCAGGUGCGGAAGGAAUUUACGAUAAGGACUGCAAAUGGUUAGCAACACUUUGCGCUCAGGCCGUCGACUACCCCAAGCAAGGGAUUCCCGUUGACAUUGAUAAUGACAACCUACCGCACACGCUUAUUCGGUGCAAACCUGACUGGCAUGCCGCUGAGGUGGUCGAUCCACGCUCGACAGAUUACUAUGAAUCGACUCGGGCCCUUGGACACAUGUUCCGCUCUAUCAGAUGGACGGAUCCCGAGAUGUUGCCCUCUGAUACACCUGCUUCGGACGAACACUCUAUUUCACAACUUUCGACCGACCCUUUAUCGUUGAUGCUCAAGACUUACAUUCAGCGUCAGCUCUGGCCUUACAUCGACCCUGACGGAGUGUCUCCCGAAACGGCAAUCCUCUUCCGCCGGUAUGAAAGCGAAUUACGCUACAUCUGCGCCACGCACACGCUCUCAAACACCCCAGGGGUCAGAUUAUUAGAAGCCGAGAUCGUUGUGGGCACAAUUCUAGCCAAGUGCACGCAAAGGAGAUGGAGGAAGGAUCGUACGUGGCGCAUGCGCGGACACGCUUCGCAGCUGGUGAAGAGCAUUCAACAGGAGUUGCUGCCCCUCACGACCGCCCAGCUUGAAAUGAAGGAGGAGGUACCCCCAGAGACGUACAGGGUUGCACUUGAACAUGCAUGGUACACCUGGGACUAUAGCCUCCGCCAUUCGAACGAAUUUGGGGCCAAGAGCUUUGGGCUGAUUGCCUUGGGACUGAUAUUUGAAUGUCUCGAGAAGCUCAAUGUCAACAUCAAGGCUGGAUGUGCGUGA